AUGAAGAGAUUUGGGUUCAAUGUAGAAGGAGCGAACAAUACUGGUCCUCCACGUCCUACUGCAUCCAAGUCGAUAAAGUUAGGAAUGAGAAGAGGUGGGGAAGGACUAAUAAACUUUGGGCAAAGUUUAAAAACUGGAGUGACGCGUGCAGUGUUCUCGGAAGAUCUCAAAGUGUCCGAGAAAAAAAUAAUCGAUCCUCAAGACAAGAAUCUUCUGAUAUGGAACAAGUUUUUGGUCUUAUCUUGCAUUCUUGCAGUAUAUGUGGAUCCUUUAUUUUUUUACAUCCCAGUUUAUAAUAACAAAGAGAAUUGCUUAAAAAUACAUAGAAGUUUAGCACACUCUAUCACAACUGUGAGGACCAUAGUUGAUAUAAUCUACAUUAUCCGCAUUGGUCUCCAGUUUCGUACAGCAUAUAUUGCACCAUCGUCUCGUGUGUUUGGGCGUGGUGAACUUGUAAUAGAUCCUGCACAAAUAGCAAGGCGAUAUGUGCAACGUUAUUUUUUAGUUGACCUUCUAUCUGUGCUACCGUUACCACAGGUUGUAGUUUGGAGAUUUCUUCAUAAAUCAAAUGGUUCGGGUGUGAUGGGUACGAAAAAGAUUUUACUGUGGAUUGUAAUUGUGCAGUACAUUCCUAGGUCCUUCCGUAUCCUGCCAUUGUUUUCAGAGCUCAAAAAGACUGUGGGUGUCAUUACUGAAACAGCUUGGGCUGGUGCAGCAUAUUAUUUGGUUUGGUUUGUUCUUGCUGGACAUAUUUUCGGGGCAUUCUGGUAUCUAUUAGCUGUAGAGCGUAAAAGUUCAUGUUGGGAGCAAGCUUGUAUCAAGGAAAAUAAGUGUGAAGUAGAAUAUCUUUACUGCGGACAUCAGAAGACAGACGGGUAUAAAGCCUGGGCUCAAAUAAGUAAAGCCACUCUUGAUGAACAUUGUGUUGAAUCUGAGGCCUAUGGAGAAUUUGAUUACGGGAUCUACUUACAAGCCGUGCAGUCUCAAGUUGAUUCAUCUGAACAAUUUAUAUCUAAAUACUGCUACUGUUUAUGGUGGGGCUUAAGAAACUUGAGUACACUCGGCCAGGGACUAGAAACCAGCACCUAUGCUAAAGAAAUCAUUUUCUCAAUCAUAAUCGCAAUUUCUGGGCUCAUUCUCUUUGCUCUUCUCAUCGGCAACAUGCAGACCUAUCUCCAAUCACUUUCGGUUCGCCUAGAGGAGAUGAGGAUCAAAAGGAGAGACUCCGAACAAUGGAUGCAUCAUAGGUUACUUCCUCAGGAGCUUAAAGAAAGAGUACGGCGUUAUGAUCAGUACAAAUGGGUGGAAACAAGAGGCGUGGAUGAAGAGAGCUUGGUCCAGAGUCUACCUAAAGAUCUAAGGAGGGAUAUCAAGAGACACCUUUGUUUGAAUUUAGUCAAAAGGGUGCCACUGUUUGCAAAUAUGGAUGAACGAUUACUUGAUGCCAUAUGUGAGCGCCUAAAACCAAGUCUCUACACAGAAAACACGUACGUACUAAGAGAAGAAGACCCUGUUGAUGAAAUGUUGUUCAUUAUCCGUGGCAGAUUAGAAAGUGUCACUACGGAUGGUGGCAGAAGUGGGUUCUUCAACCGUGGUUUCUUAAAAGAAGGCGAUUUUUGUGGUGAAGAGCUUCUAACCUGGGCUUUGGAUCCAAAAUCAGCAGCUAAUCUGCCACCAUCUACUCGAACAGUAAAAGCAUUAACAGAAGUAGAAGCAUUCGCAUUAAUUGCAGAUGAAGUGAAGUUCAUCACAAGUCAGUUCAGGCGUCUUCACAGUCGACAAGUUCAACACACAUUCAGAUUUUAUUCACAGCAAUGGAGAACAUGGGCUGCAAGCUUUAUACAAGCCGCAUGGAGAAGGUAUUCCAGGAGGAAGCUCAUAGAACUUCAUCGGCUGGAGGAAGAAGAAGACGAUGAGGAUUAUCAGGAUUAUUCUGCAGAUGAGGAUGAUGAUGAUGUAAAUGAAGAAAGUGCGUUGAUUAAAGGGCGUGCCUCAUCGUUUGGUGCAACAAUGUACGCAUCAAGGUUUGCUGCUAAUGCUAUGAGACGAGUUCAGAGGAGACGUGGUAUGUCCACAGGGUUUAUUAGUCUUCAAAAGCCCUCUGAGCCGGAUUUUACAGUGGAAUGAGAUGAUCAAUUUUUUUGUUCUACUUGUGGAUAGAAAUUUACAUGUAAGUUAACAGAUUUUUGACUUGGUGUGAAUUAUGUAUGUUGUACCUGUUUUUUGAUGUAGUAUAGGACGACCCUGAAACAUCAACGGCAGCUAAUUGAAUCUGUGAGAGUGAGGAAAUAUGUACAUAUACCGCUGCGUUUUUUAUAGCUAAAACUUGAAGAGUAACCAAUGUUGUUUAAGACUCUUGUU